AUGCCAAUUCGAAUUGUGAAAAAUAAAACACCGAAAGUUGUUCUAUUCUACACUGCUUUUUGUCCAUUCUCAAAUUUUCAUCCGACUGAAUUUUCUGCCAAAUAUCAGGAGAAAACUUUGAGUUUCAAUUGCAGUGAACAGUAUUUAAUGUAUCGAAAAGCUAUUAUAGCUGAAGAUCCUGAAAGUGCUGAUAACAUUCUGAAAAUGGCAAAGCCUCUUCUUAUGAAAAGAGCCGGUAGAAAACUGAAAAUGAGUGAGGAAAUGCUGAAAGAAUGGUCUUCCAAAUCAGGAGAUGUCAUGUUUGAUGGGUGUCUCCAGAAGUUUUCACAAAACGAAAAUCUUCGACUGACACUAUUUAGAACUCAUGGAAUGUUUUUAGCAGAAGCAUCAGCUAGAGAUAAAUUAUGGGGAAUCGGUCUCGGAGUAAAUGACAAAAGAGCCGAGGAUCGAAAGCAAUGGAAAGGAGCAAAUAAGUUGGGAAAGAUUCUGGAAAAAGUUAGAGAUGAAUUAUGGGAAAAUGAAGAAUUCAGAAGAGAUCGAGAACUCAUUGAGAAGGAAGACGAGGAGAAAAGAUGCGAAAGUCUAGAAAAGUCUUGA